AUGGCGAGACUUUCUGGUCUUGCCGUGGGCGCUGCGUGCCUCGCACAGCUUGUCGCGGGCCUUGGCGGAGUGCUUGAUGGCGUGCCGACGCUCCGAGAUCCCAGAGGACAGUUCAACCGGCGACAAGACCGCGCUGCCCUCGCAGCCCGGGACGCCGCGGAGCUGUACCCCGUGCACACGCUCCAGGUGCCAAUCGACCACUUCCACAACGACAGCAUCUACGAGCCGCACACGGACGACAAGUUCCCGCUGCGCUACUGGUUCGACGCGAGCCACUACAAGGAAGGCGGCCCCGUCAUCGUCCUGCAGGGCGGCGAGACCAAUGGUGCCGACCGUCUCGAGUUCCUCCAGAAGGGCAUCGUCGCGCAGCUGGCCAAGGCCACCCACGGCCUCGGCGUCAUCCUCGAGCACCGCUACUAUGGCGAGAGCUACCCGACCCCGGACUUCAGCACCGAGAACCUGCGCUUCUUGACUACCGACCAGGCGCUGGCGGACAUGGCGUACUUUGCGGAGAACGUCGUGUACGAGGGACUGGAGCACCUGGAUUUGACCUCGGCCAAGAACCCGUACAUUGCCUAUGGCGGUUCGUACGCGGGUUCGUUCGUUGCGUUCCUGCGGAAGCUGUACCCGGACGUCUACUGGGGCGCCAUUUCCUCUUCCGGCGUGCCCGAGGCUAUUUGGGACUUCUGGCAGUACUACGACGCGCACAACGCCUACGUGGAGAAGGAUUGUAUCGAGACCACGCGGAGGCUCACUUACAUGGUCGACACUAUCCUCAUCGGCGAACGCUACACUGAGUACCCGCAGCGUCUGAAGAAUGCGUUUGGCCUCGGUAACCUCACUCGAAGCGACGACUUUGCGUACACUAUCUCGUACGGCAUCUCGGGCCUGCAGGGCCUGAACUGGGACCCGGCAUUGAACUACACUGGGUUUGGGGAGUACUGUGGGAACCUGACUGCCACGACGAACCUGUACCCUGAACUUGCGGGGCUAGAAAAGGAGGCCCGCGAGCUGCUCGUGGCGGGCGGCUGGGAGGAUAUACUUGACGAACUCACGCCCAAGCUUCUCAACUACAUUGGUUACGUGGAUGCUACGACGGUGCAGAGUUGCACGGACUCGGGGAGGACGCAGGAUAGCUGCUUCACAAACUACAACACGACCUACUACCAGCAGGACGACCUGUCGCAGGACUGGCGUCUCUGGCCGUACCAAUAUUGUUUCGAAUGGGGGUUCCUGCAAACCGGCUCCGGCGUGCCCAUCACCGAUCGCCCGCUCCUGUCGCGCCUGAUCGAUGUACCCUUCUCGUCCAUCGUCUGCCGCGAGGCGUUCGGCAUCACCGAGCCGGCGCAAGUUGACCGCAUCAACAAGUGGGGCGGUUUCAACAUCAGCUACCCGCGUCUGGCUUUUGUGGACGGCGAGCGUGAUCCGUGGCGUGCCGCUGGUCCUCAUAAAAUCGGCCUGCCGCCGCGUGAGAACACCGUCAGCGAGCCGUUCAUCCUGAUCGAGAAUGGCGUGCACCACUGGGAUGAGAACGGCCUCUUCCCGAACGAGACCAAGCCUGGGCUGCCGCCGAAACCGGUGGCCGAUGCGCAGAGUGAAGAGGCCAAAUUUGUGAAAGCGUGGCUGAAGGAGUGGAAGAAGGACUCACGUAGGGGCAGGAAAUGA